GGUGGGGCGUCCUACGUUGGAGCGUUCGUGCCAUCAUCGACUGGAAUUAUGCGAAAAGUAUCUUCUAUUGACCGAGCAUCCGUCCAGACUGCCAAAUCCAUCGCCACUGUUCCUGAUGCUCCGGUGCGGUAUGUUUCACCCUAUCAAAAGGUCCAAGUGACGUCCAAAUCGGGAAAUUGUGUGUAAAGCAAACCUACGCAUCACGAGGCGCAAUAAUGGGUCUCUCUGAUCUACAGCUUACCCUACGUGGAGUCCGCAGAGGAAGCAAGGCUAGUAUAUCAAGUAUAGCAGCCAUAGACGAGAGCUCAAUCGUGCACCCGAUGCUCAGAUCCCGGAAGAGGACAUUGUCAAUACCAUUGCUGCACCCGGCUAAAGUUGGACUCACGAAGCGGUCUUUACAAAGUACCCUGGAUCAGGAACAAUGCCUUCUAUUUAAAAUGCUCCCAUACGAAAUACGCUUGAUCAUUUGGGAGCUCAUACUUGGUGGCAAGCAUGUUCAUAUUUUCAAUUGGAAAAAGCUUGGACAUCAAGUUUGUCAAACGCUCGAGGAGUCCUCAUACGGUGUUCGCCAAGUUUGUUUAUUUCGGAUGCCAGUAGAUGGCACCACAAAAGCAGUAAUACAUGGAGCACCGCAGAAGCUUCUUCCUCUUUUACGAAGUUGCCGGCGAAUAUAUUCCGAAGCCAUUGACAUUCUCUAUGCCAAGAACAUAUUCGACUUCAAUAAUCUUCGCUAUAAGAUUGAUGGUCUCUCCGAUCGUCUGAUGCCUUGCAGAUGGAACUCGAUUCGUCAAGUAUCUCUCACGUGGUAUUUUCCUUCUUCCAAACUUGAUGCAGGACGACCGCUGGUAGAAAAUGAUUGGGACCGCUCUUGUAGGGCGCUAGCUUCAAUGACAGGUCUACAGAAGCUUACCGUUGGAUUGAUCACGGAAAGAAGCACAAUUGAACGAACGUACAUCCGUGAGAUCCUCGGUCCCGUGGAAAGUAUUAGCACUACCGGCUUGUAUGUUGACAUAUAUGUAUCAUGGGAGGAAACCGAAGACAGCUCCAGAGCCGAAAGAACACUUUUAGGGCGUGAUGUGCACAUCGUGCUACAUCAUUUACCGACGAUUGUCUCGAAGGCGUAUAGUGAAAGCAUACAUGCACCUCGAGACAUUGGUUCAUUAUACAGGCCUAGGCAGACUAGCACUAUAAAUUAAAAUCGUCUUUUCGUGUCAAGCUGCAACAAGGUUGACUUGAGACAAUAUAAGCACA